ACUCCUAGUGUCUCUCCACCCACAGAGACUUCUACAGUCAUUUGUUUGACUCUCUCUCUAAUCUGUCUUUGUCUUUCAUUCUCACAGGCUAAGAACGCACUGGCCCACGGUGUCCAGUCUGCCCGCCAUGACUGUGACCUCCUGAGGGAGCAGUUUGAGGAGGAGCAGGAGGCCAAGGCAGAGCUGCAACGCGGCAUGUCCAAGGCCAACAGUGAGGUGGCUCAGUGGAGGACUAAGUAUGAAACUGAUGCUAUCCAGCGCACAGAGGAGCUGGAGGAGGCCAAGAAGAAGCUGGCCCAGCGUCUUCAGGAUGCUGAGGAGACCAUUGAGGCGACCAACUCCAAGUGCGCCUCCCUGGAGAAGACCAAGCAGAGGCUGCAGGGAGAGGUGGAGGACCUCAUGAUUGAUGUUGAGAGAGCCAAUGCAUUGGCUGCCAACCUCGACAAGAAGCAGAGGAACUUUGACAAGGUUCUGGCAGAGUGGAAGCAGAAGUAUGAGGAGGGCCAGGCUGAGCUGGAAGGAGCUCAGAAGGAGGCUCGCUCUAUGAGCACUGAACUCUUCAAGAUGAAGAACUCCUAUGAAGAGGCUCUGGAUCAUCUGGAGACUCUGAAGAGAGAGAACAAGAACCUGCAACAGGAGAUCUCUGACCUGACUGAGCAGAUCGGAGAGACUGGCAAGAGCAUCCAUGAGCUGGAGAAGGCCAAGAAGACCGUGGAGACAGAGAAGUCUGAGAUCCAGACCGCUCUGGAGGAGGCUGAGGGAACACUGGAGCACGAGGAAUCCAAGAUUCUGCGUGUGCAGCUGGAGCUGAACCAGAUCAAGGGUGAGGUGGACAGGAAGAUCGCAGAGAAGGAUGAGGAGAUGGAGCAGAUCAAGAGGAACAGCCAGAGGGUGGUUGACUCCAUGCAGAGCACCCUGGACUCUGAGGUCAGGAGCAGGAAUGAUGCCCUGAGGGUGAAGAAGAAGAUGGAGGGAGACCUGAACGAGAUGGAGAUCCAGCUGAGCCACUCCAACAGGCAGGCCGCUGAGGCCCAGAAACAGCUGAGGAACGUCCAGGGACAGCUCAAGGAUGCCCAAUUGCACCUUGAUGACGCCGUCCGUGUCGCAGAAGACAUGAAGGAGCAGGCAGCCAUGGUGGAGCGCAGAAACGGUCUGAUGGUGGCUGAAAUCGAGGAGCUGAGAGUUGCUCUGGAGCAGACAGAGAGAGGCCGCAAAGUGGCUGAGACUGAGCUGGUAGACGCCAGCGAGCGUGUUGGACUGCUGCACUCCCAGAACACCAGCCUUCUGAACACCAAGAAGAAGCUGGAGACUGACCUGGUGCAGGUGCAGGGAGAGGUGGACGACAUCGUCCAGGAGGCCAGGAAUGCAGAGGAGAAGGCCAAGAAGGCAAUCACUGAUGCGGCCAUGAUGGCUGAGGAGCUGAAGAAGGAGCAGGACACCAGUUCUCACCUGGAGAGGAUGAAGAAGAACCUGGAGGUCACAGUCAAGGACCUGCAGCACCGCCUGGAUGAGGCUGAGAAUCUGGCCAUGAAGGGAGGCAAGAAGCAGCUCCAGAAACUGGAGUCCAGGGUGCGUGAGCUUGAGACUGAGGUGGAGGCCGAGCAGAGAAGAGGUGUAGACGCAGUCAAGGGAGUCCGGAAGUAUGAGCGCAGAGUCAAGGAGCUCACUUACCAGACUGAGGAGGAUAAGAAGAACGUUGGCAGACUUCAGGACCUGGUAGAUAAGCUGCAGAUGAAAGUGAAGGCCUACAAGAGGCAUUCUGAGGAAGCGGAGGAAGCAGCAAACCAGCACAUGUCUAAGUUCAGGAAGGUUCAGCAUGAGCUGGAGGAGGCUGAGGAGCGUGCUGACAUCGCUGAGACUCAGGUCAACAAGCUCAGAGCCAAGACCCGUGACUCUGGAAAGGGAAAAGAAGUUGCUGAAUAAACAAGACCAAAGAAUUGAAGAUCAAAGUCUUACUAUUUUCCUGUGAUGCAUAAAAUAUGAUUUUCAUGGUGAAAUGUUGAGCAUUGAUUAAAAACAUGUGGAUCUACAUACA